GCAGAAGAGACUAAAGGAUCUCCCCCCACCUGGGAAGCCCUCAAAAGACCGGAGGACCCAGUUUAUAAACAAAAGAAAAGAAAAGAUGGCCUUGCCAAAGAGAAUUAUCAAGGAAACAGAGCGCCUUUUGGCGGAGCCGUGAGUGGCUGAAAUUCUCGAGGCGAGUAUACUAUAUUAAUGUACCUCUCUCUCUCUCUUUCCAGAGUCCCCGGCAUUACGGCUGUUCCUCAUGACGACAACCUCCGAUAUUUCGAUGUUACCAUCCACGGCCCAGCCCAAUCCCCGUAUGAAGGUGGAAUUUUCCGGCUUGAGCUGUUCCUGCCAGACGACUAUCCCAUGACUCCUCCGAAAAUCCGAUUUCUGACCAAGAUUUACCACCCCAACAUCGACCGCCUUGGGCGAAUUUGCUUAGAUGUUUUGAAGAGCAACUGGUCUCCGGCCCUUCAAAUCCGUACAAUCCUACUCUCGAUCCAAAUCUUGCUCGGUGCCCCAAAUCCCGAUGAUCCCCUUGCAAACGAUGUGGCUCAACGCUGGAAGGAGGAUGAGGCCGCGGCAAUUCAAACCGCUAGGGAAUGGACUAGGACCCACGCAAUGACUUAGAUAUUAUGUGACAAAAGACCCUGAUUCAAUUACCAUGGAAAAUGGUAAGCGACGACAUGAUGAGACCAUGAGGAAAAUGCAUACAACUUUUGGCCCUAUCCGCAUUGAUCUUUUGAUCAGCUUCAUCUUUUUUAAAAAUUCUCGCUCUUGAUCCUUUUUGUCGAAGAGAACAGGUGCUUCAUAACAGCCAAUAAAUCUGCACUUUCUGGGGUUGGUUCGUUUUACACUUAUGUGCUGAUUGACGGCAAAAGAGCAACGGCUCAUUGCUCAUAUUCCAGGCAUGCUCUAGGUUCAGCUCUUUGCGUUACUUGGAACCAUGAUUCAACUGCCGUUUAACUACCCGAGAACUUGCGAUAGAAUUCCAUAUUCAAUAGAAUUCCAUAUUCAAUAGAACUUCGAUCUCUGUAUAA